GUGAACUGCACUUGAGUAAAAAUGCAUACUCUGACUGAUACGAAGUGGAAGAUGUCAAGGCAAAUUGAAAUCAAAGGAAUCACCAUUUGCCUUCCCUGAAAGAAAAGGCUGGAACAUACAAUUGCAAUAAAAUAUUAAGAAUCAAGCAGAGUGAAGAAUAAUGCUUCAUGCAUGACUAACUGCAGAAGUCCAAAGGGAAAGAAAGAUUGUUUCUCCUGAGGAAAUAAAUAAUUAUUCAAGGUCAUGCACUGUGAAUCAUGCAGUGUUAGCAUAUUUUCUAAAUGAUGACACUUAGCAAUCUAGCAAAGAAAAUCCUUUUGAAUUUACAGAAGACAUAAUUCAACAGAAGAAUUUUUGGAAAAUAUGCAAUCAUUAAUAUGAUGGGGCCCUUAUAUGUAAAAUAUUUUUCCAGCAUCUUUACUGAAGAAAUGGACAGCCUGUUGGCUUGGCAUGAGUUGUACUCUUUGACUCUAACAAGUUUGAUCGAGUCUUUCUGAAUCUGUGGAAAAAUAACUUGAAAACCAACACAUCAGAAAUAAGAUGUUCAAGAAGAUCCCUGGAUGAUGAGCAGUCCCACAGGAAUAUUAGUCAGUCUUACGACAGUGAGCCUUGAUGUUGGUGGACCUCAUGGUGGCCUCAUGGCUUGGCAUGUUAACAAUACACUAACAUUAAACCAGAGCUUGCCCACAGCAGAGGCUCUCAAUGUAUCAGACCUAGAGGUGAUUUCACGGAUAACAGUGAAAGAGAAGAACUGGCCUGCUUUAUUAUUUGUGAUCAUCAUUAUUCUUACGAUUGGUGGAAACAUACUUGUAAUUAUGGCUGUUACCUUUGAGAAAAAACUCCAGAAUGCUACCAAUUUUUUCUUGAUGUCAUUAGCUGUUGCUGACAUGCUGGUGGGAAUUCUCGUCAUGCCUGUGUCUCUCAUUAACAUUCUAUACAAUUAUGCUUGGCCUUUACCUAAUGCUUUGUGUCCCAUCUGGAUUUAUUUGGAUGUGCUUUUCUCAACCGCAUCGAUUAUGCACUUGUGUGCCAUUUCUUUGGACCGCUAUGUAGCAAUACGUAAUCCAAUUGAGCACAGCCGUUUCAACUCCCGCACCAAGGCAAUGAUGAAGAUUGCUGCCGUCUGGACGAUCUCCAUUGGUAUUUCAAUGCCCAUUCCAGUGAUUGGCCUUCAAGAUGAAUCCAAGGUUUUCGUCAAUGGAAGCUGUGUUCUCAAUGAAGAAAAUUUUGUCCUCAUUGGAUCUUUUGUGGCGUUUUUCAUUCCGCUGAUCAUUAUGGUCUUCACAUACUGCUUAACGGUGCAGGUACUGCAAAGGCAAGCCACCGUGUUUUUACAUGACAGUAUCCCAAAACCACAAAGACGAGGCAGCCUCAACUGCUUAAAAAAAGACUCAUCCCAGACUCCCUCGGAUAACAUCUCCAUGAUACAAAGCUCAGAAGGAGCCUCCCAGCUGAACUCCCCGAUCAACAGAGACACCGGCCAGGGACGUAAGGGCAUGAUGCAGGCCAUAAAGAAUGAGCGGAGGGCUUCGAAAGUCCUGGGGGUUGUCUUCUUUCUCUUUUUACUGAUGUGGUGUCCAUUUUUCGUUGUUAACAUCAUGUCUGUGCUCUGCAAAGGUGCAUGCAAUGAGGGUCUCCUUGGGGAACUGCUUAAUGUGUUUGUGUGGGUGGGCUACAUUUCUUCAGGCAUUAAUCCUCUGGUUUAUACUCUCUUUAACAAAACGUACCGCCGAGCUUUUUCUAAUUACGUCAACUGUCAGUACAAGAACAAUAAAAAACCAUCCCAGAACUUGUAUCAGCCUUAUAUUGUCACACCAACCAUGUAUGGAAAAGAUAUUAAUCUAAAUAGCUACCGCAAUGGCAACGAGCCGAACAGCAUGGACAUGGACGAUAAUGAUGAAGCACUAGAAAUGCAAAUCGGCACGUCAGAGGUGUCUAUAAACAGCUCGAAUGUCAUUGGCGAUAAGGUCAGUUGUGUAUAAUGAAGAGAUCAGUCCUGAAGCACAUCAGCUGUCUUUAUGUCUCUUUGGUUUGCCUGUUCACAGGAUUUCCAACUCUACCAUAUGCUGUAAAAAAAAUCCCAAACCUUUUAUUUUAUACCAUUUUUUCUAGUUUUAAAACCAAAAUAUGGGCAAAAAAUAAUAGCAUUCAUGAUUGUAAUACAGUAUCUACAAAUGUUUUUUUCUCAACUUUUUUAUAUCUAUUAAAUAUAAAUUCUCUACUUUGCACUUCUCAAAGUAGAACGUGAGAAAAGGAAAGGGAAGCAUUUUAUAUUUUUCCUCUGAAAUAAAUUCAUUAUCCAAAUGGCACAUGGAUUAUAAAAUGUGAAUUUUAUGCUUGAAAUAAAACAUUAGCAAUAAACUUAAUAGAUAAAUGUCAGGCUAUGUUUUUAAGUUUGUGCUUCUGAGCUCAUGUGUUUUGUCUAAUAGCUGCGAUGGCCGAAAUCAUCCUUCACCAUGCGCUGUCAGAUUGCAGAUAAGACAUUGAACCCAGGUCGAGUUUGCCAGGAGAGCAUUAGCACAAGAGGGCCCCCUACUGAGCAGACUAGGGACUGCGCCCACUUACCCUGAAUAACCUUACAAAAAUGUCCGCUAAUCGCGGAGCAAUGCAUAAUCUCCAUUUAUCGACAAGUUCAUGAUGUCGUUGGAUUAGGCCUCGCCCCUAAUAUGAUGCAGCAGGCCGCGGAACAACACAAACAGACACACACGCAGAAACCACCUAGACGCCAGUGUACAGUGCAGCCAAUAC